CUUCUGAAUAUCUCAGCAACCCAAAGUGAUGAACAGGACCAAGGUCCUCAUUAUCCACCCUGCUAAAAUGACAAGAUGAAGAGCCAGGCCAACCAGGCUCUUAGCAAGACAACCUCCUCUCCAAAGCAUUGCUCCCUUCCAUAAGGGUAAAUUUCUCACUCAUCCAUGGUUACCAGGCCCUGUGUCAGCUUCUAGAGGGAGCAAAUGAUCCAGCACCAGCUCACGGAAUACCCUUCUCCAGAUCCAUGAGGCCAGGCCAGCACAGAGCUCAUUCCUCCACCUGACUCAUUCUGCUCACACCCUGUCCCACUAUGACCCAUCCAUGGUGCACACCCCUCAUGCAUACCAUACCUCAGACACAAGGCCACAGGCUGUUUGCAGGUAUAUAGACACCUGUCAUAUACACAUGCAUGUAGAGUGCAUUAAUACACAAGCCAUGGAGACAUGAAGCCCUGACACAAAAUGAACCUAGAGACACAAAAGGACAGGGUUACCCAAAGUCUCAGAAUGACAUGUCUGUUGUCAAGCAGGAACACGAACACGGGCACAGACACAGCAGCCCAACAGGGGCAGAACGAGGGAAACCUCUAUCCAUAACUGUGGCAGUCACCUUUUGGAUCCUUUCUCUAGCCUCACAGUGACACAACCACAUGUCCACACCACCCCAGUGCUACACAGUCACUAUGUCCCAUGCAAUCUCACAUUCACAAGUAGGUAUCCUGGGACAGUUAAGCUGAAAACCACCCCAUUUACCUAAGGCAGACACAGUCCCACACACUCUGUGUUUCAUUUAGGAACAAGGCUAGCACCAGGUCGCCCGCCCCCAGUCCCAAGGGCUGCAGACCGCAGAUUUGCAUACACAGUCAAUCCCACUGUUACUACCGCCCCCUUCCUCAUAGAGACUGGUCCAAGAAUGGAACAAAAGCCCAGCGUCCACCCCUCCCCCUCCCUUUCCCUCUUCUCUCCUCCUCCUGGCGUCCAGCCCCUUUGUCCUCUCUCAGUUGAGCCCUAGCGGGAGCCUGGGCAAAGCAGCAGGGACAUUGUUAGAGACGGGCUGGGCGGCGCAGGCAGCAGGCACCGACCAAAGCGAAGCAGUUCCUUGAAACACAGCAGAGCUGCGGCGCUGGAGGCCCUGCGAGGGGGCGUGGCCAGGUAAGCGUCAGGUACUUGGGGGCAGGGCUUGGAAUGCAGGCUGUAGGCUGUGUGAUGUCCGAAAGUCUUAGCGUAUAAACAUGUGAGUGCUGAUGAAAGACAGAAAGGGGUGGGUGACAUGUUAAGCCAACAUUCACAAGCUGGGUAUCUGUCUUCAUCAUGACCACUGGAUUGAGGGCGUUAGGGAGCGUGCUUUAUGCAGUUCCACCUGGGAAUCCCCUCCCUUCUAUGUUGGCACUGGGUGACCUUCAGUCUGGGAAUCUGCAGGGAGGAAACUGAGUCUCAGGUCCUUGUCCCUGCAUGUCCACAGUUCGAAAUGCCUAGAGUUGUAGACAGCACUAGAAUAAAUAAGUACAGGUACACUUCCCAGGAGAAGUCUCCCUUCUUCCCCACAGGAAGUCCCACCCUGCCCUGCUGCAUCUUGGUGAGAGAAGUCCUCUUUAUGCUGAUGAGAUCUCCCCUCUUGCACCUCAGCUCCAAGUGUGGCUGUGUCCUGGGCUGGCCUGAGUCCACAGAUGGCCUGUCUCACCUCCCUCCUUAGGUCUGCCUGCUCCUUGAGGACAUGCUUCACCGUAGCAGGUGUGGCAGAGUGGCUAGGCAUGCAGAGACUGGAGAUGGCUGCUGGGUUCAACACCCAACUCCUCUACUUGGCCAAAAUUAAUUGACCUCCUUGGCUACUGAGGAACUCUUUUAUCCUGAUGCCGAGACAGGAAAUCCGCUGCCCAGGAUGACUCACAACAAGUGUCGAGAGCCAGGCUAACACUGGGCAGGAUCUGACUUCCAGAGGUCAGAAUGAGCUGAGAAGACCAGAAUGAUAUGGAAAGCGCUGAGAAGCAAAAUGGAGAAAGAGGCAAUGGGCUGAGCUGAGUUGCCCUGGAGUGAAUUGCCACAUAGAACUCCCUGUCCCCAGAAUCCUGAAAACAGAGGCCACAGGUUCAUGGGGGCCUAAUCCUAACCAUCACUGGAACAGCCCUUUAGGGUCUGUGGAAUGCUCUACAAACACCUCUUCCUUUGAUCCUCCCAGCAAACUUCUGAAAGGCAGCUUCCUCUGUGUACUUGUUUCCACAGAGCAAAGCUUAAGUGUGUGUGACUAAAGAUACUUCUCAGGGUUGUAAGGGUCAAAUUAUGUAAACAAAAAAAAAAAAGCAACCAUCACACUUUUGCGGGAGUAAACACAAGGUAAACUUCAUUCAUGUCAUUCACAACUCUGGAGAAGAGGCAUUAUGUUUCUACUUCAGAGAAGACUAGGGAAGGGGGAAGUGACUUGUCUAGAGGAAGUCACACAGAGCCAAGUGGAGAAUCAGAACCUCAUUGAUCCUUAAGAGGUUGAUCCUUUCCACUUUCCUGGAGCAGGAAACAUUCUCCUUCCAUGUCCUUGCCUUCACCUAGCUAAUUCUCCUCAUCCUUCUCUAUUUGAAGCUCCAAUCUUAGGAACCUCUUCCCUGAUUCCUCUCCAACUGGGUUUAUUGCCCUUUCUAUGAGUUCCCCUAAUCCUCCAUAAAAUCCCCCCAACAGGCUGUGAGCCCUGGGAAGCUCUUAAGGACUAUGCUUGUCUUGAUCACUGCCUGGAACAGAAAUGCUGUAAAUCACAAUUAAUAUUUAAUAUCCAUUCGACCUUGAAUAGAUAUUGAGCACUUACUAUAGCAUGGCAUGGAGGGGACAGAUGAACAGAAUACAGUACAGUAGGAUAGAAUCGGGUUGAUUAUGGGAAGAACUAAAGGAGAUCUGAAAAAGACAGAAUAGAGAGGAAGUAAUUAUUACAUGCAUGCAUGACACAAUGGAUGCAUGUCACACUCCCUAUACUGGUACUUUGUGCAGGCUCCAGUAAUCUCCCUGCUUUUCUGCUCAAAGCUUUUGAGGUAAACACUUUCUGUGGUUGACCCAUGUGGCUCUGUGCUAUUAGGAGUCCCUAAAUAUUACCUAAGCUGUAGUAAACCAUGCCUUUAUUAGACUCUCCUCAAAUUACCCUAUUUGAAAGACUACCAUCUGUCUCUUGCAGAGAUGGAUGAAGAAUAGCUUAGCAAGCCUGGAGAAAAGAAAAAACCAAUACAACUGAAGUAGGUAAUUGGGCAGGAAGGUGGUACAGAUAAGGCAUGCGCUAGAACACAGCAGAAAGCUUUUGGAUGGACAAAUGGAAGAAACAGUAGGUGAACGAAUGCAAACGCAAACUAAAUAGGGAAUACAGGGAGAGGUGUGCCAGGAGCUACGCCUCCGAUCUCCUAAACCAGUCCCGUUAGGUGGAUCUCCCGGCGCUAUUUGUAUUCUCUACCUGGCAGGAUGUGGGACGCCCCGGAACCGGAACCGGAGGAGCCAGAGCCAGGCUGCGAGGUGCCGUGCGCGGCGUCCUGCCACGCGCAGCGCGUCCUGCAGACCCUCAACGCUUACCGGCGGAGCGGCACCCUCACCGACGUGGUGCUGCGCGCCGGCGGCCGCGACUUCCCAUGCCACCGCGCCGCGCUGAGCGCUGGCAGCGCCUACUUCCGCAGCCUGUUCGCCGCAAGCCGGCCAGAGCGCGGGCUGACUGGACCGCCAGUGGUGACGGUGGCGCCCGAGACGCCCGGCACCGACCAAGCCGGGACUGCGGCUGCGGCGGCGCUCGCCGUGGUGCUCGACUACGUUUACGGCGCGGGCGUGCGACUGCGCGCCGAGGACGAGGCGGCCGCGGUGCUGGCGCUGGCCGAGCGGCUGGGCGUGGCGGGCCUGCGCGGCGUCUGCGCGCGCUUCCUCGAGGGCCGUCUGCGCGUCGCCAACAGCUUGGCGCUGCGGCGCGUGGCCGCCGCCUUCUCGCUCGCCUCGCUGGCCGAGCGCUGCGGCCGCGUGCUGCGCCAGGCCUUCGCCGAGGUGGCGCACCACGCUGACUUUCUGGAGCUGGCCCCGGAGGAGGUGGCGGCGCUGCUGGCCGACCCCGCCCUGGGCGUGGCGCGGGAGGAGGCCGUGUUCGAAGCGGCCAUGCGCUGGGUGCGCCACGACGCGCCGGCCCGCCGCGGCCAGCUUAGGCGCCUGCUGGAGCACGUGCGCCUGCCCCUGCUGGCACCGGCUUACUUCCUGGAGAAGGUGGAGGCUGACGAGCUGCUGCAGGCCUGCGGCGAAUGCCGGCCCCUGCUGCUCGAGGCCCGCGCCUGCUUCAUCCUGGGCCGAGAAGCCAGCGAACUACGGGCCCGGCCACGGAGAUUCAUGGAUCUUGCUGAAGUGAUCGUGGUCAUUGGUGGUUGUGACCGCAAAGGUCUCUUGAAGCUGCCAUUCGCCGAUGCCUACCACCCAGAGAGCCAGCGCUGGACCUCUCUGCCCAGCCUACCUGGUUACACACGCUCCGAGUUCGCUGCCUGUGCUCUUCGCAAUGACAUCUACGUUUCUGGAGGCCACAUCAACAGCCGGGAUGUGUGGAUGUUUAGCUCCCAUCUGCACACCUGGAUCAAGGUAGCCUCGCUGCACAAAGGCAGGUGGAGACACAAGAUGGCAGCAGUGCAGGGCCAGCUGUUCGCGGUGGGGGGCUUCGAUGGCCUGAGGCGCCUGAGCAGUGUGGAGCGCUACGAUCCCUUCUCCAACACCUGGGCUGUUACUGCGCCUCUGCUGGAGGCCGUGAGCUCUGCGGCGGUGGCGCCCUGUGUGGGCCAGCUCUUUGUGAUCGGGGGCGCAAGGCAGGACGGUGGCAACACCAACAAGGUGCAGUGCUUUGACCCCAAGGAGGACCACUGGAGCCUGCGUUCACCAGCACCCUUCUCACAGCGGUGUCUCGAGGCUGUCUCCUUAGAGGACACCAUUUAUGUGGUGGGAGGCCUCAUGGACAAAAUCUUCACCUAUGACCCUGGCACAGAUGUCUGGGGGGAAGCAGCUGUCCUCCCCAGCCCUGUGGAGAGCUGCGGAAUGACUGUGUGUGACGGGAAGGUCCAUAUCCUUGGUGGGCGGGAUGACCAUGGGGAAAGCACCAAUAGGGUCUUCACCUUUGACCCCAGCAGUGGGCAGGUGGAGGCCCAGCCAUCCCUGCAGCGCUGCACCAGUUCCCAUGGCUGUGUCACCAUCGUCCAGAGCCUGGGCAGGUGACUAAGUCAGGGAGAUGCAGAGCCAGGAAGUAGGAAGAACUCAAGCACACCAUUCUGUUCCCCUCCUCCUGUUCCCUCCAUGCAAAUAGCGCCUUAACUUAUUGCCCCCUUUUCUUGUAAAAAUAAAGUCUUGUUCAAACUUUG